CAUAUGUUUACAAUGACAGAAUUUCUUACCAAGGGGCGGGCUGGUGUUCCUCUUAAUGCUACACUCUUUCUGGUUAACCAGAAGUAAAAAAUAAACAUGGCGAGAAAGAGUUACAUACAGGGCAUCUUAAUGUCCUUCAUUCUAUUUGAUGUUGGUUAUGUAUACAGUGAAAAUAUUGCAACUGGUACAAAUUACACUUUUCGUCCAGCAAUACAAGGAAAAAUUGAAAAUUUUGACUGGAGACACAAUGGGUACUUAGUGGUUGAGUGGGAUCCUGACAACGGGGCUCACUGGUAUCGAUACAGAGAACGAGCACAUAUUAACUCUGACACUGGAGACCUCACACUUCAGGUGAAGAAGGAGGACAGUGGUGUAUUUAAAGGUCAAUUCCAGGUGAAAGGAGUUCUACAGUAUUUUGAACGUACGAUUACAGUGAUUGACACAGUUUCUGAGCCAAAAGUGACUUGUGAGCAGAAUGACACAGACAUAACACUUCCGUGCUCAGUGGACCCUCCAGUGCAGGCAGAGUUUACCUGGAGAGGACCAGAUGAGUUCUCUCAUGUUGGGAAAAGUGUUCAUAUCACCAGAAAAGAAAGUGAUUCGAUCUAUUACUGCACUGCAAAAAAUGAAGUGAGCCAAAAGACCAUAGAGUUCAAACUUAAGGAGUGUCCUGGAGGUUAUGUAUACAGUGAAAAUAUUGCAACUGGGACAACUUACACUUUUCGUCCAACAAUACAAGGAAAAAUUGAAAAUUUUGACUGGAGACACAAUGGGUACUUAGUGGUUGAGUGGGAUCCUGACAACGGGGCUCACUGGUAUCGAUACGGCGAACGAGCACAUAUUAACUCUGACACUGGAGACCUCACACUUCAGGUGAAGAAGGAGGACAGUGGUGUAUUUAAAGGUCAAUUCCAGGUGAAAGGAGUUCUACAGUAUUUUGAACGUACGAUUACAGUGAUUGACGCAGUUUCUGAGCCAAAAGUGACUUGUGAGCAGAAUGACACAGACAUAACACUUCUGUGCUCAGUGGACCCUCCAGUGCAGGCAGAGUUUACCUGGAGAGGACCAGAUGAGUUCUCUCAUGUUGGGAAAAGUGUUCAUAUCACCAGAAAAGAAAGAGAUGACUCAAUCUAUUACUGCACUGCAAAAAAUGAAGUGAGCCAAAAGACCAUAGAGUUCAAACUUAAGGAGUGUCCUGGAGGUUAUGUAUACAGUGAAAAUAUUGCAACUGGGACAAAUUACACUUUUCGUCCAACAAUACAAGGAAGAAUUGAAACUUUUGACUGGAGACACAAUGGGUACUUAGUGGUUGAGUGGGAUCCUGACAACGGGGCUCACUGGUAUCGAUACGGCGAACGAGCACAUAUUAACACUGACACUGGAGACCUCACACUUCAGGUGAAGAAGGAGGACAGUGGUGUAUUUAAAGGUCAAUUCCAGGUGAAAGGAGUUCUACAGUAUUUUGAACGUACGAUUACAGUGAUUGACGCAGUUUCUGAGCCAAAAGUGACUUGUGAGCAGAAUGACACAGACAUAACACUUCUGUGCUCAGUGGACCCUCCAGUGCAGGCAGAGUUUACCUGGACAGGACCAGAUGAGUUCUCUCAUGUUGGGAAAAGUGUUCAUAUCAUCAAAAAAUAAAGUGAUUCGAUCUAUUAUUGCACUGCAAAAAAAAGACCAUAGAGUUCAAACUUAAGGACUGUACUGAAGGCAAUGGCCUUCCUGUUUCUUUAUCUGCUACAGUAUUCUUUAUUAUUGUUCUGAUUUGUGCUUAGCCUCAUUGAGUUAUCUUGGCAAAUCAUCUUCAGCAAUAUACUGCCAGUCAGCUUAGCUUACUCACAGACAAUGCAAGCAAAAGUAAACAGCUUUAUAAUGUGUGAAAUAUGCUGUACUUUUAGAAAGAAAGAGCAUAUGGCUAAAAUGAAUGCUUCUCUGUAAAAAAAAAAAAAAAAAAAAAAAAAAAAGGCUUGAAAACGUGUGCUGGUAACUUGAUUUAUUGCAAUUAAAUACCUGUAAAGCAAAGGUCAUGUAACAUUUUAAGGGAACAGAGAUUUAAAAGCACAGGUAGUUUUUCAAGAAUUGUUAUUUUCAGCUUUGAAUAAGACCUGAUACUGAACAGAACACAAACCUUUUCACCUGUUAUUACUCUGUGCUGGAAAUGAUCACUCUUCAGUGCCACUGAGAUCUAAAUCACACUUCCGUCCUUACAGAGGAACAUUAAUGCUAGUAUAGGCAAACUGUUAGCUAUCAAUCUAAUAGGUUCAUAAUUUUUUUGAUGAAUAUGUCACAAUUCUCUGUCACAUUUCACACAAUAAUCCAAAAAGAUGA